UCGAAAAAAGAAGAAGUUUUAUGUCCAAUAUCUUAACUGAAAUCGAAAUUUAGAAAAUAUUUUUGGUCUCUGAGUAUAAGCGACUGUGAUGUAAAACUAUGUACAGGAUGGCUUUUGAAAAAUCUGCCUGAAAACAAUCAACAGAAUUGAAAUGACUUUUUCCUGGGAUUAUUUUUUUGGUUCAAGUUUAAGAUGGCGCCUCAAUUCAGAUGUGUUUAUACUUUUGCUGUUCCAAACAAUCACUACUGGAGAUCCGGCGUCACCAGCAACAGAAUUUUGUGCAAAUAAUGGGCGAACUUACACUUAUCAAGAACUUCAAACGGUUAAAUCAACACUGCCUUCUUUAAAAUUAUUGCAUCAAGGUGCUUGUUCAAAGAUUUUCGAAAAAUUAGCUGCAGCGCAUGAUUUUGUACCACUGAAAACUAUUGACGAAGCAAAAACAAGAUGUGGUAAUGAUGGACGAACUUAUCAAAACGAUUCGGAAGUGAAAUUAUCUAAAUUAAAAAAACCAGAUCUGGAAAUCUUACAUCCAGGGCCGUGUCUGCUAAAAUAUAAAGAACUCAAAGUGCUUGUUUGCGGUACUGAUGGUAAAACUAAAACUUACAACAACGAAGAAAUUUCGUCAAAUGUUUUUGAUAAACCAGAACUAAAUAUAGCACACAUUGGACCAUGCGAUAAGCAAGGGCGAUUUCGGAAAAAGCACAAAAAUACGGUUUGCGCAAGCGAUGUUAAAACAUAUGAUUAUCAAGACUUUAAAUCAGCUGUAAAAGUAAAAGUUAACCUAAAAAUGCUUCAUGCAGGGCCGUGUGUGUUGCAAUUGGUUGAAUCAGAAAGUCGACCAAUAGGACGUUGUAAAGGAUGCGAUUGGAUACCACAAUCCGAAAAUCCAGGAUCUGUAAAGAGCGGUUCUGGUCAUCAUGUUAAACUAUAUUAUCCUGGGUACCCUGGGGGACCUGGUGGGCCUGGUGGGCCAGGUGGGCCAGGUGGGCCAGGUGGACCUGGUGGGCCUGGUGGACCUGGUGGACCUGGGGGCCCUGGAGGUCCUGGGGGUCCUGGUGGGCCUGGGGGGCAUGGUGGUCAUGGCGGUUAUUGUGGUCCUGGCGGAUAUUGCGACCAUGGCAACCAUUGCGGCCAUGGCUGCCAUAUAGAUCAUGGAUCCAGUCAUUCGAUAUGUGAUUCGAAUGUAGGCAAAUUGAUAUGCGGCACGAAAGAUAUAGUAGUAGGUGGUUUUGGUAUUAUCAAUGAUAUUGCUUCUUGCAUAUUUGAUAUUAUUUGGUGACAGGAUUUGUCGGGGGCGAUUUCUUGCGCAAUCGAAUUUAUUAAGUUCGUUUUCACCAAUCAUUUCGCAGGUAUUAAGCAUAAAUGACGAUCUCGGUGGCCAUGAUGGAAAAUGAUCUUUUUCUGAUUGGCCCGGGUCUUGGAUGUUUAUCUAUAUAUGUAUUUGUUAUAAAAUAUAGUAACGUUGAGUUGGUAUCCCAUAACACAAGUCUCGAACUUACUUUGGGGCUAGUUCAAUCUGUGUGAUUUGUUUAUUUAUUUAUUUAUUUAUAUUCACAAUCAAAAAAUUUGGUUUCAUGCGUUAGAUUGUGAUUUUAAGCGCAAGCUUUAAACAAAAUUGAGAACGUUUAUGAAUUUGACUCCGCGAAUAUUAUUAGAUCACUCUUCGUAAGUGACUUGCCACAGGCAAUUAAAUAUUCACCCGUGAAAACAACCGGUACCACGUGCGGCGUUUGGAGACGCAUGACUUUAUUCCCUAACUUGAGUAAGGCAAGAAUAUUUAUUUUUUGAAGUAAACAUUUCUUUAGCGGCUUUGUGCAGUUUUUGUGAUAGGUAAAAAGUUUUAAACUCGCGGCGACCCAAAAAUUCCUAAGACGUCGAAAAUGCACAACGUUAAUAUUGAAUUUUUGAUUUCCGCCGGCACGAUUACGUGUUGCGAUGUAUGUUUGUUGAAAUAUAGGUAUCUCCGCUACAAAGGUAUAAUUUAUUGUUUUUAUUAUAUUUAAACAAGAAUUCUGAUAUCAGUUGUAGUAUUAUAUAGUAUCCGUUCAGGAGUCAAGUAAGGGCUAUUUCCAAUUAUCCAAUAAAUGAUAAAAUACAAAUACAUUUAAAACCGCUAAUAUAGUGUAAUUACUAAUUAGUUAAUGUAAUCAUGUAUUAAUGAAAUAAACCAUUAAAAACAA